AUGGCCAAGAAAAACAAGAAGUCAGCCGAGCACAAGGAGCGUGUGGCAGCCAAGCAAUCCAAGAAGACUGCUCAGAAGGAGAAGAAGUCGAAAGUGAAGGGCAAGGAUGUCGACAGCGAUGCUGAGGAUGCCGACCUCGAUGCCAUCCUCGCUCAGUAUGCUGAAGAGCAGGCUAAAUUUUUGAAGGUCACUGAAGUGCCAUCAGGGCCUCCAGCACCGAGAUCUUCUGCUACUGUCCUUGCGUCUCCCUCCAACGGGAAUGAAAUUCUGCUUUUCGGUGGAGAAUACUUUGAUGGAACGCAUGCGACAUUCUUCAACAAUCUCUUCGUGUACCAGAUUAAUCGAGGCGAGUGGAAGGAGGUGACUAGUCCCAAUAGCCCUCUGCCUCGAAGUGGACAUGCUUGGUGUCGUGGAGGUAACUCUGGAGGCGUGUACCUGUUCGGAGGAGAAUUUUCGUCACCCAAGCAGGGUACUUUCUACCAUUAUAACGACUUUUGGCAUUUGGACCCAGCUACCAGGGAAUGGACUCGUCUCGAGACCAAGGGUAAAGGACCUCCUGCCAGAAGUGGCCACCGAAUGACCUACUACAAGAACUACAUAAUCCUCUUCGGUGGAUUCCAAGAUACUUCUCAGCAGACCAAGUAUCUGCAGGACCUGUGGAUUUACGAUUGCUCAAAGUAUACCUGGUUCAAUCCCGCUUUGACCACGGCAUCUCAAAAGCCCGAUCCUCGAUCGUCAUUCUCCUUCCUGCCUCAUGAGACUGGUGCCGUGAUCUACGGUGGCUACUCACGAGUGAAAGCCGCCAGCGGUGCAGGCGGCAAGCAAGGCAAAGGUGGCCCCCAGAAAAUGACCCUCAAACCCAUGGUCCAUCAAGACACUUGGUUCCUGAGAAUUACACCCCCGGAAACGGAAUCAGCAGCCGCUUCGACAGGACCUGCUAUCCGCUGGGAGCGACGAAAGAAGCCCGCCAAUACGCCUAACCCGCCGCGCGUGGGUACCACCAUGGCUUACCACAAGGGUCGAGGCAUUAUGUUCGGUGGUGUCCACGAUGUCGAACUGACUGAGGAGGGCAUUGACAGUGAAUUCUUCGACACGCUAUUUGCUUGGACUACCGACCGAAACCGUUUCUUCCCAUUGAGCCUCCGUCGCCCGCGUGCCGCGGGUAAGAAGCAACAAGCGAACCAAGCGAACAAGUCUCGUAACCGUGGCAGAGCGGACGAGGAAGAGCUGCUGCAAAACUUGAAGGCGCUGGAAGCGAAGCAAGGACUCCUAGAUGACGAUGACGAUGAUGAUUUCAUGCAAUUGAGCACACCAAAGACCGAGGAAGAACCCGUUGAGCCCGCCAAGCCUGCAGUUGUUCGAUUUGAAAUGCCACACCGGCGAUUCAACGCUCAGCUUGCGGUGCAAGAUGACACUCUUUUCAUUUAUGGCGGUACAUUCGAAAAGGGCGACCGAGAGUUCACAUUCAAUGAUAUGUACUCGAUUGACCUGGUCAAGCUUGAUGGCGUGAAAGAACUGUUCUAUGUCGAGCCUGAGAACUGGAAUCUCCUGGACGAGGAAGACAGUGACGAGGAGAUGGAUGAUGAAGAGGAUGAAGAGGACGAGGACAUGGACGAGGAGGGUGCGGAUGCCAUGUCUCUGGAUACUUCUUCCCCUGCACCCACAGAGACGACUGUUCCUUCUGUCACUCAAGGCAUGGAACAACUCGAGGUUGAGGAGGAGUUAGAUCAACCCGUUGAUACUCGUCCCCAGCCUCGUCCCUUCGAGAGCUUAAGGGAGUUCUUCAGCCGAACUUCCGAAGACUGGCAGAAUAUCCUUCUCGAGGCUUUGAGGUGGAAGGGACAGGCCGAGGACAAGACAGUCAAGGAGCUGCGCAAGGGAGCAUUUGAUAUGGCUGAAGAGAAAUGGUGGGAUAGUCGUGAAGAGAUCAUGGCCUUGGAGGAUGAACAAGAAGCUGCGGGUAUUGGAGAGGUUGUUAGCAUGACCGACCGCACUGAAAAUAUGGGCGGAGCAGGUCGUCGUCGGUAA